AUGUCGGCCCUGACGAUAGAUCUCACUGCGCCCAAUGGCACUAAAAUCGCCCUCCCCACAGGUCUCUUUAUCAACAACGAAUUCGUGAAGGCAACUUCAGGCUCCAAGAUCACAGCCAUCAACCCAAGCGAUGAGUCCGAAAUCGCAUCAGUAGAGGCUGCCUCCCCGGAGGACGUCGACAAGGCCGUGAAGGCUGCACGCGCCGCUCUCUACGGCCCUGGCUGGGGCGACAUCUCCAACACCGAGAGGGGCCAGCUCAUCUUCAAGCUGGCUGAUCUUGUGGAGGAACACCAGGAGACCAUCGCCACGCUUGAGACAUGGAACGGCGGAAAGCCGUUCAGCGUGGCAGUGGGAGAAGAUCUUGCUGAGACCAUUGCCACUUUGCGCUACUACGCCGGAUGGGCCGAUAAGAUCCACGGCGAAACCAUUCCGACCACCCCGCAGAAGUUUGCGUACACACUCAAGCAGCCAAUUGGUGUCUGCGGGCAGAUCAUCCCAUGGAACUACCCGGUGAUGAUGGCUGCAUGGAAACUCGGCCCCGCCUUAGCUUGUGGUAACACCGUUGUCCUCAAGCCUGCUGAACAGACCCCUCUUUCGAUCCUUUACUUCGCUACUCUAAUCGAGAAGGCGGGUUUCCCCCCGGGUGUUAUCAACAUUGUCAACGGCUUGGGACGAGAGGCUGGAAACGCCCUUGUUUCCCAUGACGAUGUUGACAAGAUUGCCUUCACCGGUUCCACUGCGACUGGUCGACAGAUCAUGAAGGGUGCCAGUGUCAACCUCAAGAACAUCACCUUGGAGACCGGUGGCAAGUCGCCUCUGGUAGUUUUCAAGGACGCCGAUCUGGAUCAAGCUGCCAAGUGGGGCCAUGUUGGUAUCAUGAGCAAUCAAGGCCAAAUUUGCACUUCAACCUCAAGAAUUCUGGUCCAAGAGGAGGUUUACCAAGACUACGUUGCCCGUUUCAAGCAGAUCUGCCUCGAGAACAAGGUUGGCAACCCAUUUGAUGACGAUACCUUCCAAGGGCCUCAGAUCACGAAGGCUCAGUACGACAAGGUCCUGGGCUAUAUCCAGUCUGGAAAAGACGAGGGUGCGAAGCUUAUCACUGGCGGCGUGCCUCACAAGAACGUUGGCGAUGGCAAGGGCUUCUUCAUCGAGCCCACGGUCUUCUCCGAUGUGAAGAAGGACAUGAGAAUCUUCCAAGAAGAGGUGUUUGGGCCAUUCGUUGCCAUUACUCCCUUCAAGACCGAACAAGAAGCUAUUGCCUUGGCCAACAACACUUCUUAUGGCCUUGGCGCUGCGUUGUUCACUCGGGACAUCGAGCGUGGUCACCGGGUCGCAGCCCGUUUGGAGUCUGGAAUGGUUUGGAUCAACAGUUCCAAUGACUCCGAUAUCCGCGUACCAUUUGGAGGAGUCAAGCAAAGUGGUGUCGGUCGUGAAUUAGGUGAGGCUGGCCUUGCGGCGUACACCCAGACCAAGUCUGUUCAUCUGAACAUGGGAACGGUCCUUUGA